AUGGCUGCUGGCGCUGUGGUUGCUAGCGCUAGUGUUGGUGGUGGCCUAGGGUUGAUCUUGCGCAAGCAAGGAAAGGGGGUAGAACCGCCCGAAGCCCAGCUGGGGGGCACUCGCAACGGCCCGACUCCGACUCGCGAAAUGACGGUUCCAUAG